AUCGCCUGCGGACAGUGUACUUUAGGGCGUGUAGUGGUAGGGCUCCGGUAAUUCUGUACGGUAUCCAUCGCGAUUCACGUAUUUUUGUUGCCGGUUUUCGACAAAUUCACGUUAUAAUUUCGUAGCCCACAGAACAGCCGCGGCCAACUUGUUAACCGCAUAGACGUGUGCUCGCCCGUUAUAGAUUUCUUGUGCCGUCGUACUCGUACUCCUUGGUUUUAUGCAACCGCCGGUACCACAGGGUUGUGCCGGGGUGCCUAACCGCGACAGAUUUCGAAAAAAAUUCAAAAGGCACGGAAAAUUACGGUGAAAAUGCAGGUGUCGGGCCCCGUACGAAGAUGGUUCAUUUGUUUACAGAUGAGCCGGUCGGCGCAGGUCUAACGCGUUAACGGGAGGGUAGUUUUUGGCAAUAUUUCGGUGCGUUUUAUCUCUUUCGAAAAAAUAAAAAAAAAAAUGGCCGAGGAAGAGGUGCUCUUCGACGACGUCUACGAUUUGUGCGAAGAAAUUGGAAGGGGACCGUUUAGCAUCGUGCGAAGGUGCAUACACAGGCAAACGGGGCAACAGUUCGCUGCAAAAAUCGUCGACGUCGCCAAAUUUACUUCCAGCCCCGGAUUAAGCACAAAUGAUUUGAAGCGGGAAGCGACGAUAUGUCACAUGUUGAAGCAUCCCCACAUCGUGGAAUUGCUAGAGACUUACUCGUCAGAGGGAAUGUUGUAUAUGGUGUUCGAAUACAUGGACGGUUCCGAUUUAUGUUUCGAAGUGGUCCAAAGAGCUACCCAGGGGUUCGCAUACAGCGAGGCAGUAGCAAGUCAUUACAUGCGUCAAAUUCUGGAGGCGCUCCGCUAUUGUCACGAAAACGACAUCAUCCAUCGCGAUAUCAAACCGGAGAGCAUCUUGCUAGCGACCAAAGACAACUCUGCGCCGGUGAAGCUGGGCGGCUUUAGCGUAGCUAUCCAGUUGCCCGAUAAACACCCGAAUAACGUUCCUGAGAACGGAGUGUGCGAGUUCAGGACGAAUUUGAGUCCCAUGGGACGGAUGUAUCUUAAGUCGGACAACGCCGGCCGGGUGGGUAGCCCGUUCUUUAUGGCCCCGGAAGUGGUCGAACGAAGACAGUACGGCAAACCCGUGGACAUCUGGGCCGCGGGCGUUCUACUCCACGUUUUGCUUUCCGGAACGCUUCCGUUCCACGGCAGCGGGAGGAGACUGCUCGAAGCCGUUUGCCGUGGGAAAUUGGCAUUAAACACCGCGCCGCAAUGGGAACUAAUAAGCGACAGCGCGAAAGAUUUGGUGCAGCAGAUGCUGACCGUCGACCCCAAGCAACGGAUAACGAUACAAGAAGUGCUGAACCACAGGUGGUUGAGGGAUCGCGACAAGUGCCUCAGGAUCCAUUUGAACGACACCAUAGAGGAAUUGAAAAAAUAUAACGCUAGGAGAAAAUUGAAAGCUUGCAUACAGAACGCGGUGAACUCGAGCAAAUGGUACAACUACGACGAAGCUACCGACGAAUACGUUACGGAUUUUGGCGAUAACGAAGUGACUUCAAUGGCUGUGGCAACGAUAACUGACGCUUUACACGACAUAUACUGCCUUCAAGAGUCGCAACCCCAGGAGAGGGCGCAUCUGCUCGCCUUGCUGGAGGACACGCACCUGCACGCCGUCUUAGAGAUCUUCGACUUGGUGGUGACGCGGGUGCCGACGUCCGUCAAGGCGCCGGUCGGAGACGCGGUGCAAUGCGCCCUCCACGCGGUCGAUAUCUUGCGCGAGCACGAGCAUCGUCGCGACAUCGACCGCAAGGACAUCUACGAGCUGGCGGACCUGCUGAGCCGGCCACAUUUUAAGGCACUCCUGCAAGCUCACGAUGUCGUCGCCCACGAGGUUUACGGCGAGGACGCGGUCAGAGCCACGCCGCCCCCCAUCAUGCCGUACCUCAAUGGCGGCGACGAUAUGGACGGUCCCAACGGCGACGUCGAGAUGGAGAACGUCACCAGGGUGCGUCUGGUGCAGUUCCAGAAGAAUACCGACGAACCGAUGGGCAUCACGUUGAAGAUGAACGAGGACGGCAAAUGCAUCGUCGCUAGGAUCAUGCACGGCGGAAUGAUCCAUCGGCAGGCCACCCUCCACGUGGGCGACGAAAUCCGCGAAAUAAACGGCAUCCCCGUCGCCAAUCAGUCGGUGGGGGCGCUUCAGAAAAUACUCAGGGAAGCCAGGGGUUCGGUCACGUUCAAAAUAGUGCCGUCGUAUAGGAGCGCACCGCCGCCCUGCGAGUUGUUCAGGAUCAAACCCCUGCCAGUACUAAUAUUCGUUCGAGCUCAGUUCGAUUACGACCCCCUCGAGGACGACCUCAUCCCCUGCGCUCAAGCUGGCAUCGCCUUUAAAACUGGCGAUAUUUUACAGAUUAUAAGCAAGGACGACCACCACUGGUGGCAGGCGAGAAAAGAUUCGGCAGGGUCAGCGGGUCUGAUCCCGUCCCCCGAGUUGCAGGAAUGGCGCGCGGCAUGCGCCGCGAUGGAGAAAACGAAACAGGAACAAGUCAAUUGCUCAAUAUUCGGGAGGAAAAAGAAACAGUACAAGGACAAGUAUUUGGCCAAGCACAACGCAGUAUUCGACCAAUUAGAUUUAGUUACCUACGAAGAAGUCGUCAAAUUACCCAUGACCGACCCGGCGUUCCAGCGUAAGACGCUGGUGCUGUUGGGCGCCCACGGGGUCGGCAGGAGGCACAUAAAAAACACCCUGAUCGCAAGACACCCCGACCAAUAUGCGUACCCUAUACCGCAUACAACGAGACAACCGCGGGCGGACGAGGAGAACGGGAGGAACUACUUCUUCGUUUCGCACGACGAAAUGAUGGCCGAUAUCGCCGCCAACGAGUACCUGGAGUACGGUACCCACGAGGAAGCGAUGUACGGCACGAAACUGGACACCAUACGCAAGAUCCACCAGGAGGGUAAGAUGGCGAUCUUGGACGUGGAGCCGCAGGCGUUGAAGGUGCUGAGGACCGCGGAAUUCGCCCCCUACGUCGUCUUCAUUGCGGCGCCGGUACUUCAGAACAUCGCCGACUUCGACGGCAGCUUGGAACGCCUCGCCAAGGAGUCGGAAAUGCUGAGGCUCGCUUACGGCCAUUACUUCGACUUGACGAUCGUCAAUAACGACAUCGACGACACGAUAGCGGCGCUGGAAAGCGCCAUAGAACGGGUGCAGACCACCCCGCAAUGGAUACCGGUGUCGUGGGUCUACUGACAACAACAGAACCUGGACUUUUACGGGUCUCUGGAGUACUUUUGAGAACGCCGACGUCGGAAGGAGCGGCACGGGCGUCGCGCGCACAUUUCCAAUGCAAUUUUAAACAAACGAUUUCGGAAUAUCAGUUUCUCGUGUUAAGCGUUAAGUUAAGGUAAGGCUUGCUGGUAUACGUUACGUUUUCGGUUCUAGUAAGCCCUUCGAUUAGGUAGGCAAAUAUUCAACCAUGAUUUGUAACACUAACGCUUAGGGCGAGGCUUUGUGACGAACCCCAUCCCUGUUUAGCAUCCAUUUCAGCAGUAGCAGUCGAUUGAUUUAUCUCGAGGGGCAAAUGAUGUGUUCUUUUUAACAAAACCGACAACUUAAUCCAUAAACAUAUUAUGACGUCACCGAUCAGCAAGACCGCCAAAGCAAUAUCAUUCGUUAGGUCGUUACGGCGAAUUACACAUCUCGUAAGUAAUAAUUUAGGCUAAGUAGGUGGGAAACUAAACUUCACGGAACAAGAGGAAAAAGUGAAGUCGUUUAAACGGUGCUAAUGGCCGCAGAACAUUUAAAUGCUAAAUAAAUAAAAAAAAAGUGACGGUAACUUUCAAGAGGUUAACUUUGGGAUAUCCAUUUUUUGGACCUGUCAUGAUGAUCCCAGAUUUAACCUUUCAAAGGUUGUAAUUUACAAAAAACCGCUUAAAUCUCAAAUCUAUUAAGCAAAGAACAAAUAUGAUUAAAUAAUUUGCAAAUGAAAAAAAAA